CAAACCAAUCCGGCUAGCCGAUCGCCAUUAGCCAGUCAGUAGAAGAUUGUGGUCUACUUGUGUUGUGUGAGCUACAGCUGAUCUGGACAGGCAUCGCUGGAGGUGGUUUUGAAGAAGGCCUACAACGCGAGCAACUCCGAAGUUCAUUCAUACGCCGAAAGAAACAGAAAGAAAGCUAGUUGGCCAUGUCAAAAUGUUUGUGCUGUUUAUUUGGACAAAAGACUAGUAGCCCAGACCAGCAUGAAGAAGAGCCUGAAGAAAAGCAAGCUGGCAAGUCUAACACUGCUAAAUAUAUACCAAGAUGAGUCAAAAUCUGGGAUUGAUGAAAGCCGUAAUCUACACAGAAAAAGACCAUUAUCAGCAUCAGCGAUUAAGUCGAAAUCUAAAAAACCUCAAAAUGAAAAGAGUGAAAUCACCACCUGCACAACUCUUGCAAGAAAUCCUCAUCAGGGAAUACCACAACAAACACUCUCAGAUAAAAGUGCUAGCGACAGUGCAGAAUCGGUGUAUAAAACACCUCCGACUAGCAGACGCCCGUCAGCCAGUAUCCAUCCUCUGAUCAAAGUGACAAGGGUAGGAACAACAGCUACUGCUCCCUCUCCCACUUCAACUCUCCCACAUUCACUCAAGUCAGUAGCAUCUCCACUAUCUUAUAUGUCUCUGCUGCCGAACCAACAUGAGAUACUGAAAGCAGUCAAAGAUUUAAGUGAAAAGCUGGAUGAAGUGCAGAGUCAACCGAAUUGUAGGAACCCUGGUGGAUCUCUUUUACCUCAAAACGUUCCUGUCAGCCCCAGUGUUAUCUUGGAACUAUCGAAACAUGUGGCAAAACCACAGUGGAAGUUUCUUGCAAGGAGGCUUUAUCUCCCUGAUCACGACAUUGACCAAAUAGAGGCUAAUCAUAGGGAGAAUAUCCAGGAGCAGAGCUAUCAGAAGCUUCUGAAAUGGAUCCAGAGCAGUGGUGGAGGGUCUUACCAGGAACUUGGCGAGGCUUUGAGAAAGCAGUUUGGGCAGCAGCUUUACUCUGACUUUGUGAAAAUAGUCAGGGAGUCUGAAGAACAAUAACCAACUUAUGUAGCUAGUGUGAAACAAGGAGGUUAUCAUUAGCACUUCUUUAGUGUUUGUGUGUAUAUAGCUUCCAAUUAUAAUAUUGUAGUCAGUGUAGUUUAUCUUGUUCAUGUGCCCAUUUAUGCUGAUUGUAGUGAGUAAUGAGAGGGAGGAAACGUUACUCUUACUCAUAGCGAAAGUAGAGUUGUUGCCUGGAAACCAAGCCUUCCCCGUUUCUAGUCACGAGACAUUGACCAGCAGUGGAUAAUUCAUACAUGGGAGUGGCUGUGAG